ACGAGCUUCUACUAUCAGCGCACAAUGUCGUCGAACUGGCGGUCGCUGCAGCACCGGCACCGGUACACCUACACCUCCGUCGUGGUGCCCAAGCACUACCUGGAAGCGCUCGCCCUUGUGCCGGCCGCGGUCUCCUCCUCCAGCUUCUUCGCCCAGCUCACCAACCUGAUAUCCCUCACCUCCACCUACGCGCAAGUCGCCGCGGUCAAGGACUUCGCCGCGGCGUUCGUGCAGUUUCUUUCCGGUCCAGAGGUUAAUGACGAUGCCAUGCUUGUCGCCGCAAAGCUUUAUCUGGAGAUCCUCUUCUUCGAGAACUCCCUUCCUCUCCACCGCACGCUGAUAUCCGUCCUUGCCAAGUGCAAGAAGUUCUCUGCGGUGAUCAGUGGGUGUUUUACUUUGCUCUGUGAGGAGUAUGGUGGCUCUGGUGUCAAGGCGAAGAAGAGGUUCUUGGUAUCUCGAGUGGGAUUGUCACUGAUUGGGUACCCAAAAUUGGGGUUUCUGGAUGAAGCCGUCGAGAAAGGCGUGGAGUUCAUGGCAUGGGAUGUGGUUGCCGGGCUGGAUGGGGUGAUCAGAGACAUAGGUGACGGGUCCCGGCCGUCUCCGGUUGUCAUGGAGCAGUGCCAGGAGGCCAUGUCCUGCAUGUACUACCUGCUGCAGCGUUACCCUUCCAAGUUCACCGGGCUCCACGAGGCGUCGAGUGUCUUCAGGACCGCUGUCAGGACAAUAUUGACUGUUCUGAAGUCGUCUGCCUUUUCCAGGGACUGUCUGGUGGCCUCUGGAGUGGGCUUCUGUGCUGCGGUUCAGGUUUUCAUGAGCCCCGAGGAGAUUUCUCGGUUUAUUUCUCAAGGUCUCUUUGGUAUCUUGCCACCUCAUCGUGAAGAUACAGAAGAUCUAGCUGCGGCGCAUGACGCGCUUUCUGGUUUUGAUCUGAAUCGAGAAAUCGGAGAUCUCUCGGUUCUAAGUAGACUAUGUUUGCUGAGGGGGAUUUUGACGGCUAUUCCAAGGAAAGCGCUCACCGUGCGCCAGCUUCGUCCGAAUGGAUCCUUAUGGACUGUGUUGUAUGAUGGGAUUUUACCAGAGCUUUGCGAGCACUGUGAGAACCCAGUUGACAGGCACUUCAAUUUCCAUGCUCUUACAGUGACUCAGAUAUGUCUGCAGCAGAUUAAAACUUCUGUCACGGUUGAUUUCGCUGACUUCUCUGGUGACUAUAAGCCUUUCUCAAGGGAUAUUAUCAACCGUAUAUUAAAAAUCGUGUGGAGCAACCUGGAAGAUCCUUUGAGUCAGACAGUAAAGCAGGUGCAUCUCAUCUUUGAUCUCCUGUUAGAUAUUGAAUCGUGUCUUUCAUCAGAAGACCAAAGCAACAGACUGGUUCUGUGCAACAUUGCAAAUGAUUUACUCCGCCUAGGUCCGCGAUGCAAAGGGAGAUACAUACCUCUAGCUUCUUUGACGAGGCGAUUGGGUGCCAAAUCUAUUCUGAGCUUGAAGUCAAACCUUCUUUUGGAAACAGCUUAUGCUUACAUAGAUGAUGAUGUUUGUUGUGCUACAACCUCGUUUUUAAAAUGCUUCCUUGAGAAUUUACGUGAUGAAUGCUGGAACAGUGACGGUGUCGAGCAAGGAUAUGAUGCCUUUAGAGCUUUGUGCUUGCCUCCUCUGAUGCGGGGAUUAGUAUCUGGAAGUUCAAAGCUGCGAUCUAAUUUAAAUACUUAUGCUAUACCUGUCGUCAUCGAAGUUGACCCAGACAGUAUAUUCACAAUGCUUGGAUUCAUUUCUGUUGGUCCAAGCGCAAAGGCAACUAAACUGGAUAUUCCUUUGAAGAGUGACCAGUGUAUAGCUGCACUGGUUUCACUGCUGAAGGUCUCUCGAAAUCUCGCACUUGUGGAAGGGGAUAUUCAGUUGGAUUCUGGUGAAUUGCCUCAGCAGGAGGAUAAUAAGGGGGCUGCAGUCAUAUCCGUUAAAGGGAUUACCGUUACAGUCCCUGUUAAUUGGUUUGUUUUGGCACUGACACACAGUGACGAAACUCUCCGUAUAGAUGCUGCUGAAUCUCUCUUCCUAAAUCCCAAGACAUCAAGUCUUCCAUCCUCCUUGGAACUGAGCUUGCUGAAAGAGGCAGUCCCAUUGAAUAUGCGUUGCAGCUCAACAGCAUUUCAAAUGAAAUGGACAGGUUUAUUUAGAAAGUUUUUUGCUAGGGUGCGGACAGCACUGGACAGACAGCUAAAGCAGGGGUCAUGGUGUCCAUCUCCAACCUCUAUUGUAAAAGAACCUAAUCCUGUUGAUACUACUGUGGACGCUUGUGUACAGAGGGCGGAAGAUCUCUUCCAAUUCAUUAAGUGGCUGGGCUCCUUUCUGUUUAAUUCUUGCUACCCCUCUGGCCCUUAUGAAAGGAAAACUAUUGCAAUGGAGCUUAUUCUUAUACUGUUGGAUGUAUGGCCUAUUUGUCGCUCUGAAGGGAAGACAGAUCUUUAUCCUUAUAAUGACAGCAUAACAAUGCCAGAUUCAACAAUUUCAUUUGUAGGGUCUAUAAUUGAUAGCUGGGACAGGCUAAGGGAAAAUUCUUUUCGCAUUCUGUUGCAGUUUCCAACACCGCUUCCUGGAAUUUCCCUGAGUACAUCCAUAAAUGAUAUUAUCAGAUGGGCAAAAGAACUCGUGCUAAGCCCACGUGUCCGGGAAAGUGAUGCUGGCGCAUUAGCCUUCCGACUUAUAUUUCGGAAGUAUGUUUUGGAGCUUGGAUGUGUUCUUGUGUUUUCUGAAGAACAUGAUUGCCUAAAGUGUUACACGAAAUCUACAGAUGGAGCUGCACAAGUAAUUACUAGUCAAAACCCAGUUGCGCAGUAUCUUUCAGCACUCAUUCAGUGGCUGUGUACUGUUGUAGAAGAGGGUGAGAGGGAUCUCUCUGAAGCAUGCAAGAAAAGCUUUGUUCAUGGAGUUCUUCUUACCUUGCGCUACACAUUCGAUGAGCUGCAUUGGAACUCUGAAGUAAUCCAAUCGUGUGUUUCUGAAAUGAGGUGUUUGAUAGGAAAGCUUCUUGAACUCAUAAUGCGUAUAACAUCGCUAGCCCUGUGGGUGGUUUCGUCUGAUGCAUGGUAUAUGCCAUGUGAUAUGGAUGACAUGAUUGAUGUCGUUUCUUUCCUCUCGGAUGUAAUUGAUGAGCACCAACCUGAUACUGCGUCAGCAACGGCAGAGAAAAAUGCCAAAUCAGGGAAUAAUGGCAAACCAGCCGAUAGUGUUAUUAUGGUUGGUUGCUGGCUUGCUAUGAAGGAGGUUAGCCUUCUUUUUGGAACUAUCGUCAGGAAAAUUCCAUUGCCCGUAUGUUCUCAUUCAAAUUCGUCACAGACUGAGGAUACAAGCAUCUCUGGGGAGAUUCUUGAUGUGGAACAGUUAGAGAUGAUGGGUGACCAUUUUUUGCAAGUUCUUCUCAAAAUGAAGCAUAAUGGUGCAAUUGAUAAGACAAGGGCUGGACUUACUGCUCUCUGCAACCGUCUUCUUUGCUCAAAUGAUCCAAGGCUAUGCAAAAUGACGGAUUCGUGGAUGGUGUUACUGAUGGAUAGGGCACUAGCUGAAGGGCAAACUGUGGAUGAUUUGCUUAGAAGGAGUGCAGGAAUCCCUGCUUCUUUUAUGGCCCUGUUCCUGGCAGAACCAGAAGGAACACCAAAGAAGCUACUUCCAAGGGCAUUAAAAUGGCUGAUUGAAUUUGCUAAAACAUCUUUAGCUAAUUUUCAGAAAGAUAGCAACCAGAAGUCUGAAGCAAUGAAAGAUGAUACUGUAGUUUCAUCUGAGUCACAAUCAGGAGCUACCACAAGUGUUCAUUCAAAUGGAAAUUUGUCUAAAAGCCGAGAUGAGGGUGUUGUUCCCACAGUGCAUGUAUUCAAUGUGCUUAGAGCUGCCUUUAAUGAUGCGAAUUUAGCUGCUGAUACUUCUGGUUUCUGUGCGGAGGCAACAAUAGUGGCAAUACAUGCAUUUUCAUCUCCUUACUGGGAAGUGCGUAAUGCAGCUUGUCUCGCAUAUACUGCGCUAGUUCGCCGCAUGGUUGGGUUUCUGAAUGUGCAGAAACGUGAAUCAGCACGGCGGUCGAUAACUGGCCUUGAAUUUUUCCACAGGUACCCAGCACUUCAUCCUUUCCUUUGUAGUGAGCUGAAAGUUGCAACGGAACUGCUAGCUGAUGGGGUUUCCCGCAAUUUAGAGUCACAUAUUGCAAAAGCCAUACACCCCAGCUUGUGCCCUAUUCUUAUUGUUUUAUCAAGGCUUAAGCCGUCACCUAUAAGCUGUGGAACUGAUGAUCCUUUAGAUCCUUUUUUGCUUUUACCCUUUAUCCAGAAAUGUGCUACCCAGAGUAACUAUCGGGUUCGUGUCCUUGCAUCAAGGGCUUUGAUUGGUUUGGUAUCUAAUGAGAGACUGCAGUAUGUUGUUAUUGAUAUAUUGGAUCAUUUACCUUGCGGAAGUCAUGAAAUGGCAGCUCACAGUUCUCAGUGUUCUGAUCCUCCUGUAUCAGCUAAUAUGGGAAAUGGAAAUUUACCUUGGCCUGCGAAGUCUUCUUCAUUCAAUUCAAUUCACGGCCUUCUGCUGCAGCUGUGUUCUCUUCUCGAUAACAACUUUAGAGGUCUGACGGACAGUAAUAAGAAGGAUCAGAUUCUUGGCCAUCUAAUUGAGGUUCUCUCAAAGUGCUCUUGGCUUGGUUGCCGUAAAUUAUGCAGAUGCCCUGUUGUAAGUACAUCAUACUUGUUGGUUUUGGAUCAGAUGCUUGAUGUUGCAAGAACAGGGGAAAGCAGGCAUACAGAUGUGAUCCGGUCACUGCUGUUACAGUUGAGUUCCCAGUGCCUGAACAAUGCAACAUCAACCCACUAUUCAUUCCAUGAUCCUACCCAGAUUGAACUUCAACAGCAAGCAGCUGCAUCAUAUUUCAGCUGUGUUGGCAUUCCCAAAGGGCAUGAUGAAACUGCUGAGGAAGAUAUUCGAUCGCAAAUACUUGAUAAAUCGACUUCAAGCAUGUCAGAGACGCCCUGUGAGGUCUCCCUCCCUGAGCUGCACAAGGAGAUUAUGUCUUGCCUUGCUGAUCCUAUAUAUGAUGUCAGAAUUACAGUGCUGAAGAGGAUUCUUCAGCUUGUGAAGUCAAUCAGAUGUGGUGAUAGUAAGAACAUUUCGCACCAAUGGGCAAGGGCUAAUCUGCACUCCGUGAUAAUGGAACGGUUAUUUUUGGAAGAACAUCCCAAAUGCCUUUAUUAUAGUCUAAAGAUCAUAUUUUCAUGGAACAUGGAAUGCCAGUUUAACAAUGGAGAAGAUUCGAAUACAUUUUUAUCUCUCUGGGAAAGAUUAGUUCAUUUGAACAGCACUAUGUCACAUGCAAAAACCAGAGAAAUAAUUCUAUGUUGCAUGGGUAUGUGCAUGAAGCAGUUCGCUAAAUUACUCAGGAAUGGUGUGUUACAGGAAGGUCUUAAAACGAGUGGGCUCUCUACUUCCUCUGUCAGUAUCAAUGAAGGGAAUAGAUUGCCCGCAGCCCUUAUCAACACAAACUUUUUUGUCAGUCUUGUAAAGAACCAAAGUGAUCCCUCUGAAACUGUGAAUUCUCGCAGGGCUGCCGCUGAAGCAAUAAUUUCUUCAGGUCUUCUUGAGGAGGCAAAUUUUGUCAAAGCAUGUGUGUCCAACACAUACCUUCCUUCAGAACACGAUGAAUGCCAUCUAGAGGAGAAAUGCUUGAAAGCUAGUGUGGGUGAAUUCACGAGUCUUUAUGCAUGCAAGAUACUGGACUUAUGGUUCAUAUGCAUCCAGUUACUGGAGGAUGAGGAUGUCCAUCUUAGGCAGAAACUUGCCAAGAAUGUUCAAAGGAUAAUCGCAAAUGGAUCGGCUAAUAACUUAUGUGAUGAUUCUGUGCCACUGCAAGUGGAUAGAGUGAUUGAGCUGAGCUUUGAAUUUGUAACCAAUUUGUUUGGCCAUUGGCUGAAAUACAUCGAGUACUUAUUAAGGAUGGUUUUGGACACCGCUAACACUUUGGAUUCAGAUGAAGACUUGGUCCGUCAGAUAUUCGAUAAAGAAAUCGAUAACCACCAUGAGGAGAAGCUGCUGAUAUGUCAAAUCUCCUGCUUAAAAAUUCAGAAGCUUCUGCGAUCUGAGUAUGAGCUAGCAACAGAAGAGAGAACUGAACUGUUCCUGCAGAACUGGAGGGAGAGCUUCUUGCACCAGCUCACGUCAUUGACCAGUGGCUAUCUUGAAAAAGAAGGGAAAACCGAUUGGAUUGGUGGCAUUGGCAACCACAAGGAUGUGUUCACAUCAGUAUACACAAAUCUGCUCGGUCUGUAUGCACUCACUCAAUCAAGGUCACUAGAACAACUGGAGGACAGGCAUAAACUGUAUUUGCAAGAAUUCUCAGAUCUGGAGGGGUUCAUCACACCGUUCCUGAAGAAUCCCUUGAUCUCUAACCUGUAUUUGCUGGUGAAGCGAUCGCAUGGGGUGCUUGGAUCCCCACUUAAGCCAGAGGACCAAGUGGGAGGUUCUGCCUCAGAAAAUUUUGAUUUGUAUUUUCUCCUCAGAUAAUUUUUUGUCAUGUACAAGUAAUUCUUUACAAAUAGCUAUUACUCUGUUGUAGACCUAAUUACCAAUUGUUUUGGUACAUCUGAUUAGCAUUUGUGGGCUGUAUGUCUACAGCUAAGUUUUGUAGCCGCUGUUGUUUUACAAAUGAAUGGAUCAGUUGUAGAG